AUGUGGAGAAGGUCACCUCCGUACAAGUACGACCUGUAUGAGGUGAUUCUCGAAUCCGCGGACGACCCGGCCGUCGCGCUCCCUCUCUGGCGGCGCUGGCUCGCCGCUCUCAUUAUCAACGCGGGUGCGAUAUGUGUCACCGGUGCUUCAGCCAUGGCAGCAACAGCAGAAACUGGCGUAGCCCAGACGUUUCACGUCUCCACUGAAGUCUCGACGCUCGCCGUAACACUUUUCGUUAUUGGCCUUGGCACCGGGCCUAUGCUCACGGGCCCACUCGCAGAGGUCGUUGGCCAGCAGCUACUAUACAUUGCGAGCUUCUUCUUCAUGUGGUGCUUCACAUGGCCCGUUGCGUUUGGUAAGAGCAUAGCGGUGCAUCUGGUGUUCAGGUUUCUGCAGGGUUUCUGCGGAUCGGCAUUCCUCAGCAUUGGCGGAGCAACGAUCACGAAUCUGUUCACUGAUAGAACAGUUGCCGUACCAAUGGCUGCGUACACAAUAUCAACGUUCGUAGGACCAGUCAUUACUCCUGUAUUCAGUGGGUGCUACGCCGGCUGGCGAUGGCUCUACUAUGUCCUUAUCAUGUGGACAUUCGGAGAAAUGGUUGCCCUGACUCUGGUCCCGGAGACGGUAACUGCCGUGAUAUUGAGGCGAAAAGCUCAACGACUCCGGAAAGCAACUGGAGAUCAACGAUAUCAUGCUGCAAUCGAACGGUCUCAGAGCAGCAUUCUGCAAUCAUUGGGCCAAGCCUGCCAAGACAUUUUUGUGCUCAUGAUCUACGACCGCAUGGUACUGCUCUUGGACAUAUGGCUCUCACUCAUUCUCGGGAUCGUAUAUCUCACCCUACAAGCUUUCCCUAUCAUCUUCGCAGACAAGCAUGGCUUUACGCCCUCACAAACAGGGCUAAGCUUCCUCGGCGUAUUCGUCGGGCUUGUAAUCGCGAUGGCAAGCAUGGUCUAUUGGAAAGAGUACCGCCGACGUAUCGCGGACCGCUACAUGGGCAAUCCACCGCCCGAGGCGUGGCUUGCGAUGGGCAAGGUCGGAGGGGUGUUAAUCCCCCUAAGCCUGUACUGCCUUGCGUUCACGACUUUCAAGCAUGUCCACUGGAUCGUGCCCAUCAUCAGCUCAAUGCCGUUCGGCGUCGGCAUCUGUUUCGUCUACAUCUCUGUCUUCACCUACUUCGUGACCGCAUACCGCCCAAUGGCUGCAGCGGCGCUCUCCGGGUGCGCUAUCAUGCGAACGUGGUUCGCUGCCGCGUUCCCGCUCUUCGCGAACCAGAUGUACGGACGCAUGGGCACCGUCGGUGCCACGGCCUUCCUGGCGGGCCUGAUGACCUUGAUGGCGCCCCUGCCAUUUGUCUUUGCGAAGAUAGGCCGCAAGCUACGGGAACGCUCGCCAUACGCGACACACUGCUGAGAACGGGAGAAAAACGGGGAUGCUUGAUUACGCCACGUGCGAAGGGCGACCCUGGUCGGCUAUGCGAGCUAAGGUCAAGCCAUAUACAAAGAACCCGGGGAGUCUGAUAUGACAUUCCGAAGAGAAAAAGUGAUAAAGCUACUUUACAAGCGCCGCCACUGCAAUAGUUUCCAUGCGAUACCCCUAAUUUCGCGUAAUGUGAUGGACGAAUAGCAUUCACAGAGUCCAAUAGAUCCAAACAAACGACGCCGAUAGACACAGGCCAAUAGUGGUGUUUGUGCCGUCCCGCCUCACGCCAAGAAGCCCUUCCUGUCUUCCUUACGCUAUUGUGCACGAUUAACAGCUAUGAACAACAAGCACGCAACGAGAUUCGACGCACCAUUCUGACACCGUGGCUCAGGGCGAGAUACAGCUUGAAUAGCCGCUCGCAGUCCUCGUCGCCCUUGAACGGGUAGUCUGCACCCAACCUGUAGGCCGCGGCGAAGCCCGAGGUAACAGCCAGCUCGUGCAUGUUGAGGACUGCGGCACCGGGUAAGUCCCUAAUCAGAUAACGACAACCCAUGUUUCUCACCCGACCAUGCGCCUGCGAAGCUGUAGCGCCCUCAAAUAAGCCCGGAUGAACACAGUGAUUGCGGAGAGGCCCGACGUACUGUGUGUUGUUCUUCCCGUUGAUGAACAUCAUCCACGGGACCGUCCCGGCGUAGUGUUGCCAGCGAUAACUCUGCUGCUUCCACCACUUCUCGUAGAUCUUCUUGUCCUGGGAGAUGUCACCCACGGUCCAUCGCUCAGACGAGCCAUCGCGGUCGAGGAAGAUCGUCUGGAAGAUGUGCUUCUCGAGCGGUGGCUCCGGCACACCCCGCGGAUCCUCUCCGGCGCGUGCCGCCGACCCCUGAUUGGCGAGCUCGUCGCUUUGAGCGUCGCAAGCCUCCUGCGGGACGGGCUGACUCUCGUGGCGGUGGUCCGAUGUGUCGUUCGGAGCGAUGGGCCCGGAGGGUUUCUCGCCGCGAAACUGGGGCUGGUAGUGCGUCAAGUCGAAACUCAUUUCGAUCUUCGACUUAUCCUCAGGGUACUGCAUAGUGUAGUACAGCGGGCGGAAGCUCUUAGAUGCGAACUCGAAUGCUUUCUCCGCCUCGUCGCGCUCCUCAGGCGCCAUUUUGUCUGUGAGAGCGUUAUGAGAUGGGUCGUACUGAACUUCGUAGUACU